AUGUCUAACGUUGCACCUGGCUCUACAAGUGUUUCUCUUCUGACGGUUGACGAAGUAAAGAAAUUGAAUAGUGAACAACUUAACGAAUAUUUGAGAAGGAGACUGAAGGACACUAAGAAUAUUAAUAAACAUGCAAAUACUAUCACAGUCGAUCAAGAAGUUGAUGGUUCAAAUUUUCUUGAUUUAACACUAGAUAAUCUUUUGAGUAUUCGAAUACCUCUUGGACCAGCUAAAGAUAUCGAAAAGGUGAUUAAUGAAAUUAAAGGAG